AUGACUGAACUAGGUGAAGAUGAAAUAUAAGAAUAAAGUUUUGAAAACUAUGAUGGAAAGUUCUCUUUGGAUAUUGAAAAGGAGAAUAGGAAAAAAGUGAUUAAAUAUCUUUUAGCGUUUGUUUUUGCUGCUGUCAUAAUCAUAAUAUUAUCUAAUCAUUUCUUUUUUGCUAAUGGUACAAAAGAAAAAGAUAACUCUGAGUUUUAAGGAGAGACAAAAGUUAAUUAAGACUAAUUUUAAAUAUACCAGUAAGAAAUAUAGCCAAAAUACCAUUAAGGUUGCAUUCAGUAGUAAACAUAGGAAAUUAACUGUCUGAAAUGGAAGAAAAUAUUAAUAUUGAUCGCUUGA